CGCCAUGGGUGACCUGCCCAGAAUUGAAGAAGCAUUUAAAACGAGAGGGAGUUAACUGUCGAAGUGUCCCCCUUUUGGACAAAGUUCCACCUCUCCUCUUCUCAGUUCUUCCCGUUCCACUCGCUCCAAGUCCAAACAAGCAGACGCCCCAAAAGCAAAGCUCCUGCGCUCAAUCUCUCCACCCCCCAUCAUCCUCCAUUUCUCAAGAACCACCCUCCAUUGCGCUCCACAAUUCGCUGCUCUUCGCUCUUCUUCAACGCCGACUUCUUGCGGGCUUAGCCAUCUUCAUGGAAACCAAGACGCUGCGCUUCCUCGCUCUAGCUUUUUUGCUCUCUCUCCUGCCCUUCUCCGCACCCUUCACUCCCCCCGACAAUUACCUCCUCAGCUGUGGGUCGACCGCCAACGCCUCGGUCGACAAUCGCGUCUUCGUGGGCGACUCGGCGAGGCCCGGCUCGCUUUACCUCUCGGGGGACGAGUCCGUUUCGGUCGCCGACCGAAACCCUCCUCCGAAUUCGCCGGUCCUCUACCGAACCGCCAGAGUCUUCACCGGCGCUUCGUCCUACGAGUUCAAGAUCAACGAGAGUGGCGUUCACUUGGUACGUUUCCACUUCUCUCCCUUCGUAGCUCGGAAUUUUGACUUGAAGGUUGCAACUUUCGGUGUUUCGGUUGACGGGUUCGCGGUCUUGAGUGAUUUUAGCACCAACGUGACUGUUCUCAAAGAGUUUAUUAUCUAUAUAAAGGAGGGGGUUCUUAAAAUUGUGCUUAGCCCGGCCAGUGGUUCUGCUUUUGGGUUUGUUAAUGCGAUCGAGGUGUUUUCGGCUCCGGAGGACUUCAUUAUCGAUGUGGGAGCUAGAUUGAUUACAGCCACCGAGACCCAAGAGUAUAAGAAUUUAUCAUCGCAGGUAUUAGAGACAAUUCAUAGGAUAAACGUCGGUGGCUCUAAGUUGACUCCAUUCAAUGAUACAUUGUGGAGGACUUGGAUCCCUGAUGAUGAUUAUCUGAUCCUCAAGUCAGCUGCGAAACGUGGGGUGGCCACCGACCCGCCAAACUACCAGAAGGGAGGUGCGACCCCCGAGAUAGCUCCGGAUGACGUAUACAUGACUGCUCAACAGAUGAAUAGGGAUAAUUUACCUCUAAGCGCAAAGUUCAAUAUCACCUGGGAGUUUCCUGUGGAUUCAGGUGAUGGAAGGUACUUGGUCCGACUGCACUUCUGCGAUAUAGUCAGUCGUGCUCUUAAUCAACUCUACUUUGAUGUCUAUAUAAAUGGGUACUCUGCCUACAAUAACCUGGAUUUGUCAGUUCUUACGUAUCACGUGCUUGCUUCUCCUUACUACAUCGACUUUGUUGUGGAUUCCUAUAGAUCGGGGGUCAUGCAGAUAAGUGUUGGCCCUUCUGAUCUAAGCACCACGACGAGGAUUAAUGCUAUUCUGAAUGGAGCUGAGAUAAUGAAGAUGGUGGGCUCUGUGACUGCACCUUCUGGAUCACACAAGAAAAAGGUCCGGGUGAUUGUGGGUGCUUCUGUUGGUGGCUUUGGUAUUAUGCUUUUGUUGGUAGUGGCAAUUCUGCUGGCGAUGAAGUGCAAGAAGAAAAAACCGAAACGGAGGCCUUCAGAAAGUGUCGCCUGGACACAGUUACGUGUUUAUGGGGGCAGUUCACGUAGCAAAAUGUCUGUAGGCACUCUCAACACCUCUCCAGGCCCAAAUGGAUACCUCAGCUUGAGGAUACCUUUUGCUGAUGUACAACUGGCGACCAAAAACUUUGACAAGAAUUUAAUUGUCGGUUCAGGCGGAUUUGGUAUGGUUUAUAAAGGUGUUCUUAAAGAUGGCACAAAAGUUGCUGUGAAGAGAGGUGUGCCAGGAUCUAGGCAGGGUCUUCCUGAAUUCCAGACGGAAAUAACUGUUCUAUCGAAAAUCCGGCACCGCCAUCUUGUUUCACUUGUUGGGUAUUGUGAAGAACAGUCGGAAAUGAUAUUAGUGUAUGAGUAUAUGGAGAAGGGUUCAUUGAAAAGCCACUUGUAUGGAUUAGGACUUCCGCCUCUGUCCUGGAAGCAACGCCUUGAAGUAUGCAUUGGCGCAGCAAGAGGCCUUCACUACCUCCACACAGGUUCAGCACAAGGAAUAAUUCAUCGUGACAUCAAAUCAACUAAUAUUCUACUCGAUGAGAAUUAUGUGGCCAAGGUCGCUGAUUUUGGUCUUUCAAGGUCUGGUCCAUGCCUCAAUGAGACGCAUGUGAGUACCGGUGUAAAGGGUAGUUUUGGUUAUCUCGAUCCAGAGUAUUUCCGAAGACAACAGCUUACAGAUAAAUCUGAUGUCUACUCAUUUGGAGUUGUGCUAUUUGAAGUGCUUUGUGCUCGACCAGCCGUUGAUCCAUUACUUGCGAGGGAGCAGGUGAAUCUAGCCGAGUGGGCAAUGCAGUGGCAGAAGAAGGGAAUGCUUGAAAAAAUUGUGGACCCUCAUCUUGCUGGACAGAUCAAACCCAGCUCUUUGAAGAAGUAUGGAGAAACGGCCGAGAAAUGUCUUGCGGAGUAUGGAAUUGAUAGGCCAACCAUGGGUGAUGUUUUGUGGAAUCUGGAAUAUGCACUGCAGCUUCAGGAAAAUGGUCGGGUGAGAGAGCCUCGUGAAGAAAGUGAUGUAAUUGAUUCCGAAGUUCCAUCUGCCGGAAAUAUACCCAGAAUUCCAACAAGCAAUGUGAGGAUCCAAGAAGAUGACGGUGAUGGUAGUUCUGACAUAUCGACAACCCGAGUUUUCUCACAGUUAAUCACUAAUGAUGGGAGAUAGCUCUUGGCCUGUGCUCCAACACAGACACCCAUACAAAUGGAUGUUUUCAUCCUUUCUUAAGCAGGCACAUAUGAUGAACCGCGCAAAUAUUGAGUUUCCCUUAAUAUUAUAUUGAUUAAUUUAUGUCUAUGGUUUAUCCGUGCUGUUUCUUCACAUUAUCGCAAUGUCUUUUUUAUGAACCCGAAUGGAAGUUCAGGACCUA